AGAGAUGCUGCUCGCCAUGGAUGUGAAGGAGAGAAAAAGAUUCCCGAAGAUCCUAUCCUUUCCCUGACAUAUCUGUGCCUCCUACGCCGCAGAAGAAACUCCCCAUCGGUAUUGAGAUGCAACAACAUGAUGCUCAGCGCGCCUUAUUGGCCCUGUUCGCCCUCUACCCUGUCCUGAUCGCAGCUGAGGACGCAAAGGCGAAUUCUGGAGAGUCAGACCCAGGCCAUGUUCAAGAUCCAAAUGCCGCUGGAGCAUCUGGGGACGACACGGGAGCCUUCUCUCUUUCCAAGGCCGGUCUGAUCGCUAUCAUUUGUGUGGUCAGCAUUGUUGUAGGACUCGGAGCAAUCUCCCUCACGCUCUGGUACAUUGCGAAGAAACGUCAAUGGGAAGUUCGUGCAUCAUUCAGACGCGUCUCGCGCCGUCUCACAGGUCGUCUCGAUGACUCCCGUUCGAAACGUCAAACUCGCCGCACGGGAGUCCGCAUGGCAUCACCGCCUUCAGAAAAGAAGCGGCACCCAAAUAAGGAGAUUGAUGUCGAGAAGGCCGAGGCUCUGAAGACGAAGGGGGGACAGAAGAAUGCAGGCACCUCUACAACAAUCACAAGUCAGUUCGAUGUUGAUACCCCGAGGACGAAGACUUGGAAAGAGAAAUUGUUUGGCGCCAAAUGACGGGAUUAUUCUGCGCAUUCACGGCGAAGGGGCAGACGAAUUUAGCUAACUCAUUCUGAUACAUGGCGGAGCUGUAGCUCACAUCGCCUUAUUACGAUUUUUCUUCAUUGUACAUGACUACGCAUUGCUCAUAUUUACGCAUCAUACUACAAGCAUGGCGGCGUCAUUUCGUAAAUAGGGCAGGAUACCAACGGAAUUGCAUUCAAA